CUUGUAUGUUAUUAUAAAACAGGCAGGACUGUGAUAGGAACUACUCACUGCAACUGUAAAGACAGAUACCUCUUGCCAGGUUUUCAGUCUGGUAAAGUGGUUGCUUAAGAAGGACUUAAGGAAACAAACGGCAAAGUAGCUCAUACUUUAAAUAUUUUUCUAUAAAAGCAACUGGAUCUCUGAAUCACAGGCCAUGGAUACAAAUAUGUCACACUCUCUAUAUAGCAAUGAAUGCAAAAAAGCACUGGAUAUGGAGACAAGUGUGUCACAUACUGUACCAAGCAAGGAAUGCAAAGAAGAAAUGGAUAUGGAAACAUGUGUGUCACACACUGUUCCUAGCCAGGAAUGUGGAGAAGAAAUGGAUAUGGAGAAAAGUGUGUCAAAUGCUAAUAGCAAAGAAUGCAACGAAGCACUGGAUUUGAAGACAAGGUUGUCACACACUACUGAUAGCAAAGAAUUCAAAAAAGAGGAGGUUAUACAGCUGAUAAACCGUGGAUGUGAAGAAUCCUUCUUUCCUGAAAAGCAUAAGCCAAUUAAGGAACUGAGAGAUGUGGAAUCACUUCAUCACAUGAGGCAGUUUUAUUUUAUAAGAAAUCCUCUUCUCCCAAAAGUCAAGUUAAAUAUUUCCAAACUUCUCCAUGCCACAACCAGUGUAGGACUGACGGGCAUUCUUCAAAAAGAAGGAUUUAAAGGAGAACUGUUCAAUGUAAAUCUCAAAUAUGGUCCUUUUUCUUUUUGGACAGGGGCUGCAGAUCCUCAAGACACACAGAAUCAAAUAGAUAUUUGGCUUCAAAAGAACCAAAAACACCUGCAGACCAUGCCUAAAGAAACAUUCAAUACUUCCCCAGCUUUUUCCGAAUCAUCUCUCUACGGUAAUUACAAGUUCACACUGGAAUUUGCAGAUGUCUUGGAGGCCUAUAAAUCUCAGUGUUGUGAGGGGAAAGAUCCUGUUUUUCGGGUAUUUGGAACUUCCUGUUUUAAGGCAGAAAUUAUGUAUACAGUGAUUGUUCAUAGCCCUGAUGAGAAUCAGUUUAACAACUUCCCAUGUCUUACAAAUGAUGAUGAUAGCAUUUGCACACAGGAUAGCAAUGUUGUUUUUUGGCGCCCUGAGUCAAUGAGUUCAGUUAACAUAUUUCACCAGGAUGGAAAUCCUGAAUACUUACGUUAUUUUGUAUGGGAUCACUUGGUAUUUGCAUUUCAUAUUAAAGAUUAUCUCAAAUUUCCAAGACAAUACCUUUUAGAACACCUUUCAGGUUGUAGUCUGCAUCCAGUACAUGUUUGCAGAGAGCUGAAUUAUUCUAUGGAUGAUGUGAACAGAUACGUAAAUCACCUGAAAGGUGAACAAGAAAUAAAAAAAGAAGAUAGUAAAGAGAAUCCAUGAACGCAGAAAUGUUGAACAGACUGGCAACAGCUGGUCUAGGUUAUACUGAAAUUAUUAUUUUUCUUUUGUGGUUGAGAUAUAUUUAAGCACAAAAUACUAGGAUUAAGGUUUCAUUAGUAAAUAAAAAUGUAAACUGUUGCUUUGAUUUAUAUUUUAUGAGCAAUCAUUUUCGCUAUCAGAAGCUCUUCAUCGGCAAAGCAUAUGCAUAGGGAAAAUCAAAAAGUAAAGGCAACAUACCCUUUAACACUGAUAACUAUGAGCAGAUGAACAUAAAAAGUAUAUCACUUCUCCAUAUAGUCUCCCUGCAGGUCAAUGAACUAUUAUUCCACUAAUUUCUUCAUUUCUUGGGAGAAGAAGCUUUUUGGCUGCUUCCCAAUCCAGGUCUGCGCCACUUCCUUAACCUAGGGGGUCAUGUGUAACACCUUGAGUAGAAUUCACACUAAAGCAUGGCAUAUAGACAAAACUAGAAAUGUUUGUACACACAAAAAAAUAAAAUGCAUAAAACUGUGCAUAAGCGAAGUUCUAUGCACUUUCACUUUAUAAAUCUGUGUCGGGUCGGGCGCAAGUAGGCUCCAUUGUUACAACAUGUACAGGAUUACUUAUAUUUACUUAAUAUAUUGCCCCCCUCCCCAUUAUCUAAUAUUUAAGUGGCUGCUGUCUUAAAUAUCCUAAGUAGACCAAACCCCAACUUGCUUUAUUUUUAUAUGUGAUGUUCAUGGCCUGCGGGGGUCUUAAUCUGGUCUUGGUGUAACACAUUUCCCAGUUGUGUAGGUAAUAUGGAAGAGUCGAUACAUUAUGCACCCAGCUUUUUCUAAUAACCAAAUUAAUCCAACAGUCAUCAAAGCAUAUAAGAUACAUAGUCAGAGGAGAGAUAAUGUUCAUAAAAGAAUGUCUCAUCUUAGCACAAACUUUACAGUACAGUAAAGACGCUAUAUAAUACAUAUUGUGAAAGAUCUCUUAUCAUAUUGUGGUCACUAAAAGUCGGGAAGAACAAAGAAACGGACACCAACAUAAAAUAAAAAGAAAUUUCUUUAUUCUUGGUGAGUUAGAGAGACUGCAGCCCCCCAGUUCAGUCAACUGGUUUGGGUUCAGACAUACUGCUCACAAAGAAAAAAAUCACUCUCUUUUAUUACCUAACUUGUUCAUUAGCCGAAGAGAGAAAAAAACAUAGCAGCUCAUUUUGAGGUCAUACCUGCUUGCUGUAAGUUACGGCUACAUCCUGAUUUAUUACAUACAGGAGCACACCAAAACAAAGAGCCACCAGGCACUUGCAUUCCUAAGGAAUAUGCCCUUCUCAGUAUACACACACAAGACCAAUUUAAGCAGUUUCUUAUAGUUCAUUACAUUAGUUAUAAAGAGAUUACAUUCUUAUAACUUUAAUAUCUUCAUUAGAUUAUAGUUGUUUGGUUAGAUUAAUAAUCCUUAUUUAUUAAUUCAUAAGUAACAUGUUUUCUUAUAAUAUUAAACAAGAGUAAAGAAACGAUCACAUUGAUUUAUAAUAUCACACGGUGUUCUAUUGGUAUCAAGAGGUCAUCAUUUUCUCAUAAAAGAAUGUAAGUUAAUCAUAUAAUUAUGUGCAUAAACUUAAUUCCUUUUCUACCUAAAUGAAGAUCAAAUCAUAUAGAAGUAAAAAAUCAUAUAGCUCUCUGCAGCAUGAUUAAUACAAAAUACAGUCCUUGAGUUAAAUACUUAUAAUCGUUACAGUUAAUAAUGUUUUUUCUUCCACAAUAUCUGUAACACACUAUUAAAGAUACCCCCACAACAUUCCAAAGGACUACAACAUGGAAGAAACUGGCAGCAUCGUUCAAUGUGCAAUUUCUGAAUCGGUGGCCAAGCAAUCCUUUAAUCAGGGACUGAAACUCUGCACAUUUUUACUAAAGAAUAAAUGUUUAAAUAUAUUAUGAUGUGUAUUUUUCUAUUAUAUUAUGCAUCACAUGUCUUUUUCUGUAGCAUUGAGUAAAAUAUAUUUGAGACAGUUUCACUUUUUAAUGGUAUAUUUGUGCUUUUUCAUGUUCAGAACAUUCUUUCUGAUACGUGUGGAAUUCAGUUUGUGACAUUACCCACUGUCUUAAGUUUGUUAAAUCACAAGGUAGUCUAAGUGAAUAUUCAACUUUGUUCCCCUUUUUGAAUUCCAAGAAGCAGACUGCAACUGCGCUUUGUCUUAGUCUUGAUCUACUGCUUGCAUGCAGUUAUGGGCACACUUCUAACAGUGCUAAACCUGAAAGUUAGUCAUAUUACUGUAAAUACAUACUAAGACCAGAUCAGCACAAGAUCAUCUCCAGCUCAUAGCACACUGCAAUUGGCCCAUAAUGCUUUUUUUCUCAUCGUGUUUAAUCCUUGUCCUUCCUUUAUUGUUUGACAAUAAUAUUACUGCAACUGUCUUUUGCUGUGAGUAGCAAGGAUAAUAAAAAUAGGCCAUUUGGUUUGUUCCAUGAUCUACCAUUGAAUCAAAUCAACUAUAGUGAAUGCUACUUAGUAAUUUCAUAUUGUGAAUAAUUAGUUAUCAGUGUGAUUUUUUUUAACUAAAUUGUGCACUUCAUUUAUGUAUUUAUUUUG